AUUAGUAUCACGAUGGGCGAAUAUCGACCCGACCCGUUUCGUAUUUCUCUCUGCCUCUACUAGGACUCGAGAAAGAGAGAGAGAGAGAGAGAGAGGGGGAAUGGAGUCGCCGGGACAGUGGCUAGAGAAGUCGUUGGUUGAUCUGUGUAGAAAGAUAGAAAAUGGUUUGGAUUUGGAUGGGGAUAUUAUAUCUGGCCUCGUCUCCUACUGCGACCUUGCUUCUCCUCUUGACGCCAAAGAAUACCUCGAUAAUAUCAUUGGCCAAGAAGCUGGCAAAAGUGUAAUUGAUGAAUAUUUAAAACGAAGAGGUCAUUCUGAAAUAGGCAGCAGCUCUGCUGAAACUCCGUCUUCCAAAUUGCAUGCAUAUGUCAAACCACCUUCAAAUGAGGUUUCAGUUAGUGGAACCAAAAAGCAGUCGAAGGCACCAAAGGAGGUCACACUUUCCAGUAAUCAGGAAAAUCGUCUGCCCCCAGAGUCCAUUGAAUCAAAAAACGCCCAUAGAGGAAACCAGGGUAAUUCUAAAAAGAAAAAGGCAGGAAAAGUUGUUUCACUUGCUGAUGCUGCUAAAGGGUCCAUUGUUUUCCAGCAGGGAAAACCGUGUUCAUGCCAAGCUCGUAGGCAUAGACUAAUUAGUAAUUGUUUAUCUUGUGGAAAGAUAGUUUGUGAACAAGAAGGGGAGGGACCUUGUCUAUUCUGUGGUGCCCUUGUGCUGAAGGAAGGAAGUACGUAUGCUGGUUUGGAUGAAGGCGCAGUUCCCCUAUUAUCAGAUGCUGAGGUGGCAGCUGAAGCCUAUGCGAAGAGGCUUGUUGAUUAUGACCGGAACUCUGCAGCACGUACGACAGUCAUAGAUGACCAAAGCGACUAUUAUGAGAUUGACGGCAACAGUUGGUUGUCAAUGGAGGAAAAGGAACUUCUAAGGAAGAAAAAAGAGGAAAUUGAAGAGGCCGAGCGGGCGAGACGAAGUAAAGUGGUUAUUGCUUUUGACUUGGUUGGCCGCAAGGUGCUUAUGAAUGAAGAUGAUGUUUCUGAGCUAGAGCUGGAUAACAGUAUAUUACGACCACCUGAUGAGAGGGAACUAAACCGGAUAAAACCAAACCCGACUGUUAAAGUACAACCAAUCUUCAUUGACCCAGGCCAUGGCAAGAGACCCACUAAGGGGAAUCAUUUGAACAAGGGCAAAUCAACAGGUUUGUGCUUGGAGAUAAGUGGGAGGGUGCAACGUGAUAAUAAUGCUUUGAAACGCUUUAUGAUGGAUGACGAACUGGUAACUUCUUAAACGCGACCUCUUGAAUUUGGAGCAGCUCCAUGUAGGAGACUGUAAAUGGAUGAUGAAACCGAGUGUUCUCUAAGUUUCUUCUUUCUCUUUAGAAGAUUGAAUAGCAAGGGACCAGCUAUCUUGGUUGUGAGAUAUUUACAAGCAUACAUGCUUUAGUUUGAGACUCCAAUUUAGCUAAUUUUACUGAAGUAAACGGACAUAUAGAGUGCUUCAAUACUGUUUUUGUGGAUUGGAGCUAAUUUUACUCAAGUACAUGGAUAUAGAGAGAGUUUUCGUGA